AUGGCGAAAAGACGUGUUAAGAAACGGACUCAUGUCCCUCCGCCGCAGGCCCGCGCUCCGGCCACCAAGAAUGGAGCUGCCUCAAUGAACAGGUCCCCUAAGAGCAUGGUAAUUCGAAUUGGUGCAGGACAGGUUGGCUCAAGCAUGAGUCAAUUGGCUAAAGAUGUUCGAUCAAUGAUGGAGCCAGAUACCGCAAGUCGUUUGAAGGAGCGAACAAAGAACAGAUUGAAAGACUAUACCGUCAUGACUGGCCCUCUUGGAGUCACCCACCUUCUACUAUUUUCUAAAUCAAGCAAUGGGAAUUCGAAUCUUCGCAUUGCCCUCACACCUCGCGGCCCCACCCUAAAUUUCAGGAUCGAAAACUAUUCCCUAUGCAAAGAUGUCAUAAAAGCAUUGAAACGACCAAGAGGCCUAGGGAAGAGCCACACAACCCCUCCGCUAUUGGUUAUGAACAACUUUAUGUCCUCAAAAGAGGGAGCAUCUUCUGAGAAAAUACCAAAACAUCUAGAAUCUCUUGUCACCACGGUUUUCCAAUCCCUUUUUCCUCCUAUUUCCCCUCAAACGACACCCCUUGCCUCAAUUCGUCGUAUUAUGUUACUCGACAGAGACCAGUCAUCAAAAAAGGACACGGACGAAUCCUUUAUUAUAAACCUACGUCACUAUGCUAUCACAACAAAACGAAUCGACUUAUCUAAGAGGAUAAGGCGGCUUAACCCAAAGGAAUACCGUGGUAAAGAGAAGGAUAAAGCUGUUCCAAAUCUGGGCAAAUUAAAUGAUGUUGCAGACUACUUACUCAGCGCAGGCGGUGAUGCUGGUUUUACAUCUGCAAGCGAGACUGAGAUGGACACGGACGCUGAGGUAGAAGUUUUGGAAUCCACAACUAGGAAAGUUUUGAACAAAAAGGACCUUCAACGAAUGAAGGAAGGCGGGUCCAAAUCAGGCCGCAGCUCCGGAUCAAAUGUUGAGAAGAGGGCAGUGAAGUUGGUGGAAUUAGGGCCUCGCAUGAAACUAAAGCUGAUGAAGGUAGAAGAAGGACUAUGUGGCGGAAGAGUUAUGUGGCACGAUUAUGUGACCAAGACGAGAGAAGAAGCCCAGAAAUUGGACGCAUCUUGGGAGAAGAAGCGAAAAGAAAAAGAACUUAGGAGGAAGAUACAAAAGGAGAACGUCGAAAGGAAGAAAGCCUUAAAGGCAAAGACGCCACGCGAAGGUAAGGAUGACGAGGAGGAUGAUUCUGAUGAAAUUGAUGACGAAGAUAAUUGGGACAGCGAAGAUUUCAUCCAUGAAGAAGAAGAGGAAGAAGAAGCGGGGGAGGAGGAUGUGGAAAUGGAAGAAGAGGAAGCUUAG